AUGCCUAUUGCCGAGAAACGAAAACCUCGCGACAAGCCUUGCCCAUACAACCACCAGCCGAGAGCAGCAAAAAACAAAGAUGCACCUGCAACUUCUGCAAAGCCUCCAGUGCAGAGAUCAAGACAGAACCUUACACUAGCAGACUGGCUUACUGUCUUCACCUACAUUGAUACCCACCCCAAUACACCACAAGCAGACAUUGUUGCACACUUUUGCACCUUGAAAUCAGGAGCGCUGAUCUUCACGCAGUCGACUUUAUCACGGAAACUGAAGGAUUGCAUCGCAUUGGAGGCUUGCAUCAAUGACAAUCCAAGUGCUUUGUCAGCAAAAUACCCACGGAUCGUGACAAGACCUGAUGUCAAGAAGGCCUUAGUCCUGUGGAUCCAGAGCAUGGAAGCCAGGGGCAUGCACUUUACUGGGCCAAUGCUGAAGAAGAAGCGGAAGCACUUUGAAGAUAAUUUUCAGGUGCCAAUUGAGGAGCAGCUGAUAGGUGAUGGAUGGGUUGCAUCCUUUUGUAGGACCUACAACAUCCAAGAGUAUGGCCAGCAUGGUGAGGCAGGGUCAGUUGAUCUUGAUUCAGUCAGUGCUGAGCGUGAGCGGUGCCAUAAAAUUCUCUUGCAAUAUGCUCCGAGAGAUCGGUGGAAUUUUGACGAAACAGGCUUAUUUCCAUUCGCUCCACCAGACCGAGGCCUCGCAACAAAGCAAAUGAGUGGGAAGAAAAAGGAGAAGUUCUCUGUUGGUCUUGCAUGCAAUGCAGAUGGGAGCGAGAAGUUUGAGCCCAUUUACAUUGGGAAGUCAAGAAGGCCAUGCUGCUUUAAAAAGCAAUCACCAGAGCAGCUUGGUAUUUAUUACCAAAAUAAUAAGAAGGCCUGGAUGAUUACUGCACUGUUUGAAGAAUGGAUGAAGCAUUUUGAUCUUAAGAUGCAAAACAAGAACCGUCAGGUCUGCCUAUUUGUAGACGGCUUCUCUGCACACAAGCUAUCAUACCAACCAACUAAUGUUCGGAUGGAGGUUUUCAAAGCAAAUAUGACUUUGUUUGUGCAGCCAUGUGAUGCAGGCAUCCACUGCUUUGAGGCUGGAUAUAGGAAGAUUUACUGCGCAAAAGCACUUGACCUUGAUGAAGCUGGCAAGAGGGACAUUUAUUCAAUCAAUUUACUUGAAGGUAUUUUGAUGGCGAAGGCUGCUUGGGAAGCUGUUACAUUGACUACUAUCCAUCACUGGUGGGAUCACAGUCAAAUUCAACUAGAUCCCUCCAUUCCAACAACUAUCCCAUACAAUGAUGUACAAGCACAUCUCAGUAAUAUUGAAGAUCAGCUAGAAAAUGCAAUUGGGGAACUCAAAUCUCGAAACUGCAUCUUUGGCAAGCCUCUGACAGUCGAUGAAUUUGUUGAUCCAGCUGCAGAGAGGUUGAUUGAUGAAGAGUUUGCACUUGAUGAUAAAGAGAUUGUUGCUGAGGUCCGAGAGUUAAUGGCUAGUGAAGAGGACAUGAUUAGUGUGGAGUCGGACAAUGAAGACGGAACACCAUCACAAUCAUGGACUGGCGCAGAGAUCAUGAGCCUGUGCUAG